UCCUACAAGAUUAUCAAUUUUGCCCCCAGUUUACUUCGGAUUAUAGUCUCUGACCAUGUGGAAUUCCCCGUACGCCAGGCAGCCGCUAUCUAUCUGAAGAACAUGGUGACACAGUACUGGCCGGACCGAGAGCCUCCACCGGGAGAAGCAGUCUUUCCAUUCAACAUUCAUGAAAACGAUCGCCAGCAGAUACGCGAUAACAUUGUGGAAGGGAUAAUUCGGUCUCCUGAUUUAGUGAGAAUCCAGUUAACAAUGUGUCUCCGUGUCAUCAUCAAACAUGAUUUUCCUGGUCACUGGCCAGCGGUGGUUGACAAGAUAAACUAUUACUUACAGUCACAGAACAGUGGGAGCUGGCUUGGCAGUUUAUUAUGUCUGUAUCAACUGGUGAAGACUUACGAAUAUAAGAAAGCAGAAGAAAGAGAGCCUCUAAUUGCAGCAAUGCAGAUAUUUCUGCCACGAAUUCAGCAACAGAUCAUGCAGCUCCUUCCGGAUUCCUCCCAUUAUUCUGUGUUACUACAGAAACAGAUUCUGAAGAUCUUUUAUGCACUUGUUCAGUACGUGUUGCCUCUUCAGCUGGUGAAUAACCAAACCAUGACGACGUGGAUGGAGAUCUUCCGAAGCAUCAUUGACCGGACAGUGCCCCCGGAGACGCUGCAGAUCGACGAGGAUGAUAGGCCAGAACUGGUGUGGUGGAAGUGUAAGAAGUGGGCGCUGCAUAUUGUAGCUCGUCUUUUUGAGCGGUAUGGAAGCCCAGGAAAUGUCACAAAAGAAUACUUUGAAUUUUCUGAAUUCUUUUUGAAAACCUAUGCAGUGGGAAUUCAGCAGGUGCUACUAAAAAUUUUAGAUCAGUAUAGACAGAAAGAAUACAUAGCGCCCCGUGUUCUUCAGCAAGCAUUCAACUAUCUCAACCAAGGGGUUGUGCAUUCUGUAACAUGGAAGCAGAUGAAGCCACACAUGCAGAAAAUCUCUGAGGACGUAAUUUUUUCUGUGAUGUGCUAUAAAGACGAAGACGAAGAGCUGUGGCAAGAAGAUCCAUACGAAUACAUCAGGAUGAAAUUUGAUAUUUUUGAAGAUUAUGCUUCUCCCACUACAGCAGCCCAGACUCUUCUAUAUACUGCUGCCAAGAAAAGGAAAGAGGUGUUGCCAAAAAUGAUGGCGUUCUGUUACCAAAUCCUCACAGACCCAAACUUUGACCCUAGGAAGAAAGAUGGGGCCUUGCAUGUGAUUGGUUCCUUGGCGGAGAUUUUAUUGAAGAAGAGUUUAUUCAAGGACCAAAUUGAGUUAUUUCUGCAGAACCAUGUAUUUCCACUGUUACUGUCUAACCUGGGAUAUCUGCGAGCUAGAUCCUGCUGGGUGCUUCAUGCUUUCAGUUCUUUGAAAUUUCAUAAUGAGCUCAACCUCAGAACCGCGGUGGAACUGGCAAAAAAGAGCCUGAUUGAAGAUAAGGAGAUGCCUGUCAAAGUUGAGGCUGCCCUUGCCCUCCAGUCCUUAAUUUCUAACCAGAUACAAGCUCAGGAAUACAUGAAGCCGCACGUGAGGCCCAUUAUGCAGGAGCUGUUGCACAUUGUCAGAGAGACAGAAAACGAUGAUGUCACUAACGUCAUCCAGAAGAUGGUAUGCGAAUACAGCCAGGAGGUGGCAUCGAUUGCUGUCGAUAUGACCCAGCACUUGGCUGAGAUAUUUGGCAAAGUUCUUCAGAGUGAUGAGUAUGACGAAGUUGAAGACAAAACAGUGAUGGCGAUGGGAAUUUUACAUACUAUUGAUACUAUCUUAACAGUUGUAGAAGAUCAUAAAGAGAUUACACAGCAACUAGAGAACAUCUGUCUACGGAUUAUUGACCUUGUUAUACAGAAACAUAUAAUGGAGUUUUAUGAAGAAAUUCUUUCAUUGGCAUACAGUUUAACCUGCCACACUAUUUCCCCUCAAAUGUGGCAGCUUCUAGGUAUUUUAUAUGAAGUCUUUCAGCAGGAUUGCUAUGAAUACUUCACAGACAUGAUGCCUCUCCUGCAUAAUUAUGUGACCAUAGAUACAAACACCUUACUCUCAAAUCCAAAGCAUUUAGAAGUACUUUUUACGAUGUGUAGAAAGGUCCUGUGCGGAGAUGCAGGGGAAGACGCCGAGUGCCACGCAGCCAAGCUUCUGGAAGUGAUCAUUCUUCAGUGCCGAGGGAGAGGCAUCGAUCAGUGUAUUCCACUCUUUGUCCAACUUGUUCUGGAGAGAUUAACCCGAGGGGUCAAAACAAGUGAGCUCCGUACAAUGUGUCUACAGGUUGCGAUUGCUGCCUUGUACUACAACCCUGAUCUCCUGCUACACACCUUAGAACGAGUUCGGCUGCCUCACAACCCUGGACCUAUUACUGUACAGUUUGUAAAUCAGUGGAUGAAUGAUACGGAUUAUUUUAUUGGGCAUCAUGACCGGAAGAUGUGUAUAAUAGGACUGAGUAUCCUUCUGGAAUUACAAAAUCGACCUCCUGCAGUAGAAGCUGUGGUGGGACAAAUUGUCCCCUCAAUUCUUUUCCUUUUCCUUGGCCUAAAGCAGGUCUGUGCUACUAGACAACUGGUAAACCGGGAAGAUCAUUCAAAAGCAGAGAAAGCUGAUAUGGAAGAAAAUGAGGAGAUCUCCAGUGACGAGGAGGAGACGAACGUGGGUGCUCAAGCUGUGCAGUCAAAUAGCAGGAGGGGUGAGGAGGAGGAGGACGAGGAGGAGGAUGACUGGGACGGAGAAGUGCUGGAGGAAACCGCCCUGGAAGGGUUCAGCACCCCACUCGACCUCGACAGUGGUGUGGAUGAAUAUCAGUUUUUCACGCAGGCUCUGCUGAGUGUGCAGAGUCGGGAUGCUGCCUGGUACCAGCUGCUGAUGGCCCCUCUGAGUGACGAUCAGAAGAGGAUGCUGCAGGAGGUGUACACAUUCGCAGAACACCGAAGGACGGUGGCAGAGGCAAAGAAGAAGAUUGAACAGCAGGGUGGCUUCACAUUUGAAAACAAAGGCGUUCUCUCUGCGUUUAACUUUGGGACUAUGCCCAGCAACAACUGAAGCGAGGGCCAUCAGCGGUUGUGUCACCAACGUGUGUGAUUUCACGGGGUGUGAGGUCAGGGGUGGGAGCGAGGGUUGCUCUCAGGGCCUCCGGCCACAUCAGGCAGCAGUUCUGGCCACUCCUUUCCCUGUGACCCUGCCCGCCCCAGGACACACAUUUUCAGCAGCUACUGUAAUGUAUGAGAGUAAGGAAAACAGAAUCAUUGUGUAGAAAAGGGCAGCCACCUGCUCCACACGCUGAAAGCCCCAGGAGGCUUUUGGAAGAUUGGAUCAACAUGCACGUCUCAGGUUUUUGCCAUUGCAGAAUCAAUAGAUUUAUGCGGAUAACAGUGCCUUCUGUUGUACAUGAAUUAUGAGAAACAUUUUUUGGAGUGCAUUGCAAUUUUUUUAAAGCAUAAAACGUAUUUCUAGAUAUAAUGUAAACCUUGGUUACAUGUUGACUUAUUCUGCAUUUUACUCUGUGAAAAUCACUCUGGUUUCAAAAACACCACUGCUCCCUUCGCCCGCCCGUCCUGCUGUUGGGGGCUGUCUUCAGGGGUUGUAAAAUAUGCACUGGCUGUGGUUUUUUUCACAAGAUGUUUCGUGGUUUUCUUAAGAAGUGUCUUAUUCCCCUUUCCACCAUACUUUUCUACCUUGAAAGGGGUGGUAUUUCUUUCAAGGUCAGCAGAUACGCAUAUCAGUUUCCUUUGAAACCUGGUGAGUGUAAGUUCAGGAGCCAGCAGUCGCUUGGCAGCACGUGAUAGGGCCCUGUUCGUCGCCGGCGUUCAUGGCAAGUCUGAAUUGAUUCUGAAUUAUGUUCUUAGGGAGUGAAUUAAUUGUUACACCCACAGUGUGUGCGCUGUCAGUCUGAACAGGGCUCCCGUUUCUAGUAACUCAUCAUUCCAGCUGUGUUGGGCCAGGGUCCAGAGCAUUUUAUAAUGGCAUUUUUUUUUU